AUGUCUAUGGUGUGUCUUUCUGACUUCGAAGCUUAUGCUAAGAAGUAUUUGCCCAAGAUUGCUUGGGAUUAUUUUGCAGCUGGAGCAGACGACUGUACCACACGAGAUGAAAACAUCCUGGCAUAUAAAAGAAUUCGUUUCCGGCCACGUAUGCUGCGGGACGUAUCCGUGAUGGACAUCAGGACUAAAAUCCUGGGUUCUGAAAUCAGCUUUCCUGUAGGAAUUGCCCCUACAGGCUUCCACCAGCUAGCAUGGCCUGAUGGAGAGAAAAGCACAGCCAGAGCGGCCAGAGCAAUGAACACCUGCUACAUCGCCAGCACCUACUCCACCUGCUCGCUGGAGGAGAUCUCCGCGGCUGCGCCCGGCGGCCUCCGCUGGUUCCAGCUCUACAUCCACCGCAACAGGGCAGCUUCCCAGCAGCUGGUCCGGCGGGCAGAGGCCUUGGGCUUCCAGGCCCUCGUCCUCACCGCGGAUCUGCCCUACACGGGCAAGAGACGCGACGAUGUCCGCAAUGGCUUCCGCCUUCCUCCCCACAUGAAAGUGAAGAACUUGGAAGGAGCCUUUGAGGGAGAUGACUGCUCUGAGUACGGACUGCCACCCAACAGCUUGGAUCCUUCGGUCACCUGGAAUGACAUCUACUGGCUGCGGAGCCUGACACGCCUGCCCAUCAUCAUCAAAGGCAUCUUGACAAGAGAAGAUGCAGAGCUGGCAGUGAAACACGGAGUUCAGGGAAUUAUUGUGUCCAACCAUGGUGGAAGACAAUUGGAUGAAGGACCUGCCACUAUUGAUGCUCUGGUUGAGGUUGUGGAGGCAGUACGAGGCAGAGUGGAAGUUUAUGUCGAUGGAGGGAUACGAAAAGGCAGCGACGUGCUAAAAGCUCUGGCACUGGGGGCAAAAUGUGUCUUUAUUGGAAGACCAGCUUUGUGGGGCCUGGCUUACAAGGGUGAAGAAGGUCUUCAGGAUGUCUUGAGAAUCCUUCAGGAUGAGUUUUGCUUGUCUAUGGCCUUAGCUGGCUGUGCCAGCGUCUCAGAGAUUGGCCAGCACCUGGUUCAGCUCUCAAGGCUGUGAUCAGCCUCCUGCCCACCAAACAGAGGCAGCUGAAGCUAAGGUCCCAGCCAGACUGAAGAUGAAAAAGGAGGCGCAAUAAGUAUCUGAUAAGGCCUUCUGGACACUGCUGAAGAGAUGAGGAAAGGCUCUGUGUUAGCAAAGGCUGUUCUCUGCUUUUAUUGAAUGAAUUCCAUAACA